CAGAAACAAACUGGAGCUGUGUUUUGUUUAAGGACGAAAGUGAAACUCUGAGAUUUGGGUCUGUUGUUUUCAGGAUUAGGGGAAACCUGAUCUCUUUUUGGAUUAUUGGCUCAGACAGAAACCAAAUUGGAUACAGCGUUCACACAGAGGAGCCGAGAAUCGAGAGCCGAAAGCUGUCCCUGGAUCGUCAUGAGAUUUUAAAGUCCUCCCAAACAUCUCCUCCUCUGGACUCUGGGGCUCUUCUGGAUCUCUGUGGUCUCCUCCUCAUUGGGAAUUUGAUCUCUGACCCCGAGCUUCAAACCUCCUUUCACUGAAGAAAAUAAAAGGAGCCGGUCCAAAAUGCCGGUGGAGACUCUGCGACCUGCUGACAGCCGCCUGACGGGGGCGCCCUUCAGGAUCCUGCACAAAGGCCCCGACUAUUUCAGACGCCAAACCUCAAACCCGACUCGUAAACUGAGCGCGGUGGAGCGACUAGAGGCCGACAAGGCCAAGUACGUCAAAAGCCAACAGGUGGCGCUCAACAGACAGGCUCCCAUCAUCCGAAAGCCUCUGAUGCCCUUCCCCCUCUGCUCUGCCCCGGGCUGGGAGAACGCGCAGAGUGCCCGCAAACUGCUCCGUGAUGAACGCUCCAACACAGAGGCACUCACAGGUCAGAGAGGCCCCAGUCUGGACCUGGACAUCCUGAAUAACCUCAUAAACGUUUGUGACGGAGCCACAGCCUGCUCUUCCACCUCUUCAUCUCCCUCUUCCUCCUCUCCCUCCUCUGGGCCUCAGAGUGUGAGCAGCAGUAUCGAGAACCAGCCCAGAGCCAAGAUCCAAAACAAUCCCACCUCCUCCUGCACCUCCUCUGCCCUCAAAACCUCCUCCUUGAACUGCUCCUCCUCCUCUCCACUCAACAAACCCAACAGGACAGUCCUCACCUCCCUCUCCUCCUGUCCAAUCACAGCACAGCCCCCCCCUCUUCCCUCUUGUCCUCCUCCUGUACCCGCUCGCCUCGCCCGUGUCCCUACCCCUCUCUGCUCCCUCACAACAGCUCCAGUGGCGGUGCGACGUGUGGACGUUCGCCCUCAGGCUGAAGGUCGACCCACACAGAGAAGACUCCUGCACCCCAUCCUCCCCCCACGCCUCCGUCAGACAGCGCAAGGACAGGCCCCUUCCCUGGCCCCGCCUUCUCCGGCCACACAGACCACACCCCCCUCCUUAUCCCGUGUGCCCACGUUCCCGCCCCCGAGUCCUCUGUUCUGCCGCGCAGGCAUCGUCCCCCCCGCCUCGCCCGCCUUCACCCGCCUCUCCAGUGCCAGCUCUAGAGGCUCCGCCCACAAACGGCCCGCACUCCACCGAUCCAAGUCUGACCUGAGCGACCGCUUCUCCCGUGCCUCUGCUGACCUCGAGCGCUUCUUUAACUACUGCGGCCUGGACCCCGGCGAGCUACAGCGACUGUGCCCGGAUGAGCUGGAGGCAGGCGGCGUGGAGCGCUUCACCCGGGCGAAUUCCGACAUCGUGCCGAAGCUUUGCAGCGUCAGCACGCCCAGCUCUGAGUGUGAGGAGGACAGAGAGGACAGCGAGGGGGAGGAGCCUAAGCGCGUGCCGUAUGGAAUCUCGGUCAUCGAGAGGAACGCCCGGGUCAUCAAAUGGCUGUACGGGAUCAGGCAGGCGAAGGAGAACAGCAUCACCAACGCGUCCAAUGUGUGAACUACAAACACAUAAAACAUGUUUAACAUGUGACCCUGGACUACAGACAAGAGGUCAUGUGACAUAACAGACCUCACUGUGCAUUUACCAGGCCAGAGAGAACAGCACCACCAUCCUAUGAACUGCAAGCGUGUGAACCUUCAACCAGUUUAGACCUGCCCUGUACUGCACAUGUGCAGUCUGAGGAGGACUGAGGUGCUGCUUGAAA